AAUAUAUUAAUAGCGGGUAUUAUAAAGAUUAGCUUUAGCUUAGGUAAAGAAAUCGUUACCCUAGGUAUAGUAGAAGUAGAGACGUACUUCGGAACGAUAACUUUUUAUAUCCUACCCGUUAAUACCCUAUUUCUCUUAUAUUUAAAAAAUAUAGAUCGAUUAAGUAUUAUAUUUAAUAAUACGAGGAAUAGAAUCUUUAGCUAUAAGUAUUUUAAAAUAGUUAAAUAA